CAACAAUGGCAGCAGGAGCCAAUAUAGCAGGAGGAGGAGGAGCAUAUUCAACAAUGGCGCCAUCGUCCACAGUACACAGUGGCGGCCAUAUAAAUCAAAAUUUAAUUAUGUCACCCGGCUCGAGCUUGGUGGGCGCCUCAGUGGCCGCUCUAACAGCACCAGAGGGUAGCAGGAGCAGCAGUAGCGGUAGCAGCAUAACAAGUUUCGAUUCAAACAAUUUGAUCGAUGACAAACGGCAGCAGGAGCAGAGCCACCAGGAGCAACCUCUCCAGCAUCAGCAUCAGCACCAAUCGCAUUCGCAUUCCCGCAUUCAGGCCAAAGACACAGCUGGGCCAUAUCCCAUACCCAUGCAUAAGUCCGAGCCAGUUGAGAAUCAUCUAGAUGCUGGCAUUCAUCGCUUUGAUGGCACUGGCGGCUCUGAUAAUAUGUUCGGUACGCCAAUGUACUUUGGCACCGAGAACUCAACGGUGGUGACCACACAGAUUGGUGCCACCGCCCACGUGCCCUGCACUGUACAUCAUAUUGGCGAGGGCGUGGUAUCAUGGAUACGCAAAAAGGAUUAUCAUCUGCUUACGGUCGGCUUAACAACCUAUAGCAGCGAUGAGCGUUUCAGUGCCACGCACUUGAAGCAUUCCGAGGAUUGGACAUUGCAAAUCAAAUUUGUGCAACAACGUGAUGCUGGUGUCUAUGAGUGUCAAGUGUCCACACAUCCGCCCACAUCGAUAUUCUUGCAUCUGAGUGUUGUCGAAGCGCGCGCCGAAAUAUCAGGACCACCAAUACGUUAUCUCACGCCUGGAUCCACGCUUCGACUGCAAUGCCGUGUGGUGCAGAAUACCGAGCCAUCGGAGUAUAUAUUUUGGUAUCACGACAACCGUAUGAUUAAUUACGACAUUGAUCGGGGCAUUAAUGUGUCAACGGAGCCAGACUUUCAAUCAUCUGAGCUUACCAUACAGCGCACACGUCGUGAACACUCGGGCAAUUUCACCUGUCUGGCCAGCAAUGCGCAACCGGCUAGUGUUUUGAUUCACAUUUUUAAAGGCGAUAAUCCUGCGGCCAUGUAUCACGGUGAUGUCGGUGGCUCAACCAAAACAAUGCAAUCCCAGCUGCACAUUAUUAUGGUAAUGAUUGCCAUCGGCUAUCGGAUAUUCCACAGAAGUGUAUAUAUGAUGAAGAUAGUGUAAGGGCAGAACCGCAACAACAACUGCAACUACAACAACAACAACCACAAUAACAUUCCCACGAACAACAACAACAACAACGAGAAGCAACUUCAAGCGAAGUAAUAAAGAUGAAAGAACGAAAAGCUGAGAUGAGUGGAGAUGAGAAGAUGAAAUCCAUUUGUAACUAUAUGUCAUCAAACGGUAGUUUAGCAUAAUCUCUAAUACUUCAUGCUACACAUACAUACAUACAUACAUACACACACUCACUCACACAUACAUUUACUCUACGUACUUACCAAAACUAAUCUUAACCAAAACUAAGGCCUAAGCUAAACUACGUAUCAAAAAUCAAAAAAAACCAAAAACCAAAGUUCAACUCUUACUACACAUUUGGAAAUGAGUAGUAGAUGAUGGCAAAUAAUUGUGGAUUUUCCGUAAAAACAUAUUGAAUUUUGUGGGCGUGUCCAGUGUGCAAAUCUUUUUUACAUGUGUGUGUAAUAUUAUAUCUUAAUAUUAUAAUAAUAAAUAUAAGCAGGGUAAUAAUAACUACAGAAACUGAUAAUAGAAAACACUUAUCUGCAAAUUGGGAUUAAACACAAUUGAAAUGGUGCGGAAAUUUAUAAUUUUAUUUUUAAUGUUUGCUGGUUAGUUAUCAAUCAAUUGGGCGAUUAAACUGACAUCUCAUUAAAAAGCAUUUAAAAGGCAUUUGAAUUAAAUGAAUGAGGAAUGAGAAUUAUUAUACUACAAAAAAAUACAAUUUUUAUUAGGUUUUCAACUGUUUUACCCUAU